ACCAGUCCUAUAAAUACCACCGAGAUGCAGCGCAACGCUUUCAUUUCACUUCUUCAUACCCAUUCCAAAACCACCGCUCAACAACAUUCUUCUUGAAUUGAUUACGUGCCGCGCAAGCAACAAAACGACCCACAAAUUAAGUUUCAGGAGGUCGGCCAUGGCGGAAGAGUUUCAGCUGGGCAGUGGGAAUUGGUGGGUUUCGGCUUCCUCGUCGUCAAGAAAUAGGUUUGACGGAUCGUCGUCGUCUUCUUCCUCCGCUGCCGCCGCCGCUUCAAGCGCACUGCAUAUGAGUAGUAACAGUAACAGUGUUAGUAUGGGAAUUAGCAGCUUCGGGUGGGCGGCGCCGGGGGAAGUAGUGGACAUCAAGGCCGCCGCCGCCGCUAGGUCUUCCUUGGAUUCCGCAUCUCCCACCCCCUCCGGUGGGGUACUGGUUGAUCCCAACUUGCAAAUCAUGGGUUUAGGCCUUUCUUCUCAACCGCUAGAUUGGAAUCAAUCUCUCUUUCGAGGUGAGAAAGGUGAACAGAAUAGUUAUGGAUCCAUGUUACAACAAGAGAUGAGCUCCAACGCGAAUUAUCACCAUCAUCAACAUCAACAUCAACAAGAGACAACCUCGGAAGAGCAGUGGAGACAGAGAGUUCUAUACUCAGGCGGCGGCGGGGGUUCAGACGAAGCUUCGGUGAAUGAUUACAAUAAGCAGCAGCAAAUGGGCGGCGGGCGGGCGGGGUUUUCGUUAGAUCAGCCGCCGGCGCAUGAGUAUCUGGGCGGCGGAGGCGGCGGCGGUGCAUCGACUUGCCAGGGUUUAAACACGAGCUUUGAGCUGGAUUCCUCUUAUGGAAGCCCUUCCACCAUGCUGCAAGCGGGGCUUUUAGCAUCUAACAGUAAUAAUCAGCCCAACUUCACCGCCCGGACAUCCAUGGGGUUUCCGUAUAAUAAUAAUACCCCCGCAAACUACGGCGCUGCCGGAGACGUAAUGUCCUCUUCGUGGUCUAAGUUUCCUCAGUUUCUCCGAACGACUUCGCCGCCUAAACAACCUCAGUUGCAUUUCUCUAACAACACUACUUUCUGGAAUGCCACCGCCGCCGCCAUGAACGAUGUCCGCUCCACCUUCUUCCCUUCCUUACACACACAACUUCCCAGUUCCACCGUAGAUGAAAAGCCAAAGAAUGUAUCAGAUGUGAGGGAUUUGAGUACAUCAACGGCGGCGGCGGCAAAGAAAACGAGCAAUGAAACGCCGUCAGGGAAAAGGGCACGGAAUGAAAACCCAUCACCGCCCAUGCCACCUUUUAAGGUAAGGAAAGAGAAGAUGGGAGACAGAAUCACUGCGCUCCAACAAUUAGUUUCGCCUUUUGGAAAGACUGAUACAGCCUCUGUGCUCACUGAAGCCAUUGAGUAUAUAAAAUUCCUCCACGAUCAAGUCAAUGCACUGAGCGCCCCAUACAUGAAAAGUGGAUCUUCCAUGCAGCAGCAUCAACAGAUGAUUAGUUCGGAGAAAUCCAAGGAUCCAGAAGGUGGGGCGAGGCAAGAUCUUAGGAGCCGAGGACUGUGUCUCGUACCGGUGUCCAGCACCUUCCCGGUGACGCACGAAACCACCGCAGAUUUUUGGAGUCCAACGUCAUUCGGAGGAAGCUUUAGAUAAGAUGACAACAACAACAUAUAUACUCACUACCUAGGAACAUUAAUUGGGCAAUUCUAUAUGAUCCAUCAAAAGGAAUUGAAAUUCAAAGGAUUAUGUGCUACUUGAAUUGUAGAUGGGGAGGGAAUGAAUGGUCCAGGAGGUCCAAGAUGAUGAUGAAAAAGGAAAAAAAUACAAAAAAUGGUGAAAGAAAAAUGAUGGAGCUAGCAUUGAAGGACUGACAGGUGAUUGCUGGGCCACAGCUACAGGGCAAAAUGAUGAAGCUUUGGCCAAUUUUAGGGGCCAUUAUACAAUACUGCAACCUACAUAUUGCCCUGUAAUAAUUGAAGAAUUAUGAUUAAAGUUGCUUUGCCUAGGAUUUCAUAAUAUAACAAAUUGCUAAUUCAAAUAUAAAAGAGAAAAAAUAUAUAUAGAGUAGCUUAAUUAAUUAGCUAGUUAAUUCAUGAUUAGUUUAAUUACAGAGAAUUUGUUGUUUGUAGCUGAUGAUGAUGAAUUGGUAGAAUAAAUUAAAGGAGCUUUUUUUAUUA